AUGAGGCAUAGCCUGACCAAACUGCUGGCGGCCUCGGGCAGCGACUCCCCAACCCGCAGCGAGAGCCCGGCGUCGGUCGCGACCUGCUCGCUGCCCCCGGACUUGACCCGGGCGGCAGCGGAGGACGAGGGGACGGCGGCGGCCGGGUCUCCCGGCCGCAAACAGCCGCGCGGCGACGAGGGCGAGUUGGACGCCGGGAGGGGGGGCCGCGGCAUCGUGGCCGCGCGCGCGCCCUCGCCCGAGGAGAUGGAGGAGGAGGCUAUCUCCAGCGUCCCCGGGGAGGAGACGGAGGACAUGGACUUCCUGUCCGGCCUGGAACUGGCGGAUCUGCUGGACCCCCGGCAACCAGACUGGCAUCUGGAGCCCGGGCUCAACUCGCCCGGGCCUCUGUCCUCGUCCGGCGGAGGCUCAGAUAGCGGCGGCCUGUGGAGAGGGGACGACGAUGACGAGGCCGCGGCUGCCGAGAUGCAGCGCUUUUCUGACCUGCUGCAGAGGCUGUUAAACGGCAUCGGAGGCUGCAGCAGCGGCAGUGACAGUGGCGGCGGCGAAAAGAGGCGGAGAAAGUCCCCGGGAGGAGGCGGCGGCAGCAGCGGCAACGACAACAACCAGGCGGCGACAAAGAGUCCCCGGAAGGCGGCGGCGGCUGCUGCCCGUCUCAAUCGGCUGAAGAAGAAGGAGUACGUGAUGGGGCUGGAGAGUCGAGUACGGGGUCUGGCAGCCGAGAACCAGGAGCUGCGGGCCGAGAAUCGGGAGCUAGGCAAGCGCGUACAAGCACUGCAGGAGGAGAGUCGCUACCUACGGGCCGUCUUAGCCAACGAGACCGGACUGGCUCGCUUGCUGAGCCGGCUGAGCGGCGUGGGACUGCGGCUGACCACCUCGCUCUUCAGAGACUCGCCCGCCGGUGACCACGACUACGCUCUGCCCGUGGGAAAGCAGCAGCAGGACCUGCUGGAAGAGGACGACGCAGCCGGAGGAGUGUGUCUUCAUGUGGACAAGGAUAAGGUGUCGGUGGAGUUCUGCUCGGCGUGCGCCCGGAAGGCGUCGUCUUCUCUUAAAAUGUAG